AGUGUGAAGACCAAUUAAAGUUUUUCGUGUGUUUUUUCCGUAUUUUUUCGCUUUUCGUUGAGCUUGUGUGCUAGUGUUUUUUUUUCCUGUGCCCAAUCAAAAGAUUCCGCUUAAAAGUGACCAUAAAUUAACUAAUAAACGUUCCUUCAAUCGUUUCCCGGAAGAGAACUUCGAGAUGAGUCCGCCGCAACUGCUGAGCAAGGACUCCCCGGACAUUGAGGACCUGCUCUCCCUGAAUCCCCGCGUGAAGACGCAGUGCUCGGUGGUGCCCACCAAGCAGACGAAGGAGAACAAGAAGCACUGGAAACGGAACAGCGACCAUGCCGCCCCGCCGUGCACCACCCUCUCGAAUGACUUCUCGGACAUCAAGCACACGACCUUGUCGGAGCGCGGAGCUCUGGAGGAGGCGGCGAGGUGCCUCAAGUGCGCCGACGCCCCCUGCCAGAAGUCCUGUCCCACGCAGCUGGACAUCAAGAGCUUCAUCACGAGCAUUGCGAACAAGAAUUUCUACGGUGCCGCCAAGGCGAUCUUCUCGGAUAAUCCUUUGGGGCUGACCUGCGGCAUGGUCUGCCCCACCAGCGAUCUCUGCGUGGGCGGCUGCAAUCUGCAGGCCUCGGAGGCGGGCGCCAUCAACAUUGGCGGCCUGCAGCAGUUCGCCACCGAGGUGUUCAAGAAGAUGGGCGUUCGCCAGCGUCUUUCACCGCAGGCGCAGGCCAAUCCGCUGCUCCAGAAGGUGGCCCUGCUGGGCGGCGGACCCGCCUCGCUCUCCUGCGCCACCUUCCUGGCCCGCCUGGGCUAUCGGAAUGUGACCAUCUACGAGCGGCGGAGCUACCUGGGCGGCCUGAGUGCCGCCGAGAUACCCCAGUACCGGCUGCCCAUCGAUGCGGUGAACUUUGAGAUCGAUCUGGUGCGGAAUCUGGGCGUGCGCAUCGAAACGGGUCGCUCGCUGGGCACCGGGGAUCUGACCAUCGAGGGUCUGCUGGCCAAUGGCGCCCAUGAUGCGGUCUUCGUGGGCAUUGGCCUGCCGGAGCCCAAGUUGAACCCGAUAUUUGCGGGUCUGGAGCCGGGAAAUGGCUUCUAUACGUCCAAGAACUUCCUGCCCCUCGUCUCGGAUGGCUCGAAGCCAGGUUUGUGUGCCUGCAAGGCAGCCGGCGGAGGAUUGCCCAAGCUGCAUGGCAAUGUCAUCGUCUUGGGAGCUGGAGAUACCGCCUUCGAUUGCGCCACCUCCGCGUUGAGAUGCGGCGCCCGUCGGGUGUUCGUGGUCUUCCGCAAGGGCUCCUCCGGCAUUCGUGCCGUGCCCGAGGAGGUGGAACUGGCCCGCGAUGAGCGCUGCGAACUGCUGCCCUAUCUAUCGCCCCGCAAGGUGAUUGUCAAGGAUGGUCUGAUCACGGCCAUGGAGUUCUGCCGCACCGAGCAGAACGACCAGGACGAGUGGGUGGAGGAUGAGGAGCAGACGCAGCGUUUGAAGGCCAACUUUGUGAUCUCCGCCUUUGGAUCUGGCUUGGAGGACCAAGAUGUUCGUGCAGCCCUGGCUCCGCUGCAAUUCCGCGGUGAGUUGCCCCUGGUGGAUCGCGUGACCAUGCAGAGCAGCCUGCCACAGGUUUUCCUGGGUGGUGAUCUCGCUGGAGUGGCCAAUACCACAGUGGAAUCGGUCAACGACGGCAAGGUGGCCGCCUGGAGCAUCCAUUGCCAGCUGCAGGGUCUCCCGCUGGACACCCCAGCUGCUUUGCCGCUCUUCUACACGGACAUCGAUGCCGUGGACAUUUCGGUGGAGAUGUGCGGCCUGCGCUUCGAGAAUCCCUUUGGUCUGGCCUCCGCUCCGCCCACCACCAGCACGGCCAUGAUCCGUCGUGCCUUCGAGCAGGGCUGGGGCUUCGUGGUGACCAAGACCUUUGGACUGGACAAGGAUCUGGUCACCAAUGUCUCGCCGCGCAUCGUCAGGGGCACCACAUCGGGCUACAAGUACGGACCGCAGCAGGGUUGCUUCCUGAAUAUCGAAUUGAUAUCGGAAAAGCGCGCGGAAUAUUGGCUGAAAUCGAUAGGCGAACUGAAGCGCGAUUUCCCCGAGAAGAUCGUGAUAGCCAGCAUCAUGUGCAGCUUCAACGAGGCGGAUUGGACGGAGCUGUCCAUCAAGGCGGAGCAAUCGGGAGCCGAUGCCCUCGAGCUGAACCUCUCGUGUCCCCAUGGCAUGGGCGAGCGUGGAAUGGGUCUGGCCUGCGGUCAGGAUCCCCAGCUGGUGGAGCAGAUCUCCCGCUGGGUUCGCAAGGCCGUCAAGCUGCCCUUCUUCAUCAAACUCACGCCAAAUAUCACGGACAUUGCCUCCAUUGCGGAGGCAGCCAAGCGAGGAGGAGCCGACGGAGGAUCGGCCAUAAAUACGGUCCAGGGAUUGAUGGGCCUGAAGGCAGAUAGCACCGCCUGGCCGGCAAUUGGCCGGGAGCAGCGCACCACCUAUGGCGGCGUCUCCGGGAAUGCCACCCGUCCCAUGGCGUUGAAGGCCAUUUCGGAUAUUGCCCGCCGUGUGCCUGGCUUCCCGAUCCUGGGCAUCGGUGGCAUCGAUUCCGGCGAGGUGGCCCUGCAGUUCAUUCAGGCCGGCGCCACCGUCCUGCAGAUCUGCUCCUCCGUUCAGAAUCAGGACUUUACCGUCAUCGAGGAUUAUUGCACGGCGCUGAAGGCGUUGCUCUAUCUAAAGGCCAAUCCGCCGCCGGUGGAUGGUCCCUUCUGGGAUGGCCAGUCGCCCCCGACGCCCGUCCAUCAGAAGGGCAAACCCGUCGUCCGGCUGACCGGCGAGGGCAACGUGACCCUGGGCUUCUUUGGUCCCUACCAGCGGCAGCGCGACCUCAAGAUGGCCGAACUGCGCGCUGAAAAGGGCGCCCUCUGGGAUGCUGAGCAGCAGGUGGAGAAUACUUCGCCGGCGGAUGGUGCUCUCAAGGCGGCGCCCCGCAUCCAGGACGUCAUCGGCGCCGCGCUGGACAAGAUCGGGCCGUACAACAAGCUGGACAACAAGCAACAGAAGGUGGCGCUCAUCGAUGAUGACAUGUGCAUCAACUGCGGCAAGUGCUAUAUGACGUGCGCCGAUUCCGGUUACCAGGCCAUCGAGUUCGACAAGGACACCCACAUUCCGCACGUGAACGACGAUUGCACGGGCUGCACACUCUGCGUAUCCGUGUGUCCCAUCAUCGACUGCAUCACCAUGGUGCCCAAGAAGAUCCCGCACGUGAUCAAGCGAGGAGUCGAGGAGAAGACCUUCUACACCCAUGCCCUCAGCCAGUGCCAGUGAAUGUGCCUAGUUCUACGCUAAGUUGAUAUUAAAAGCCAUCUAUAUAAUUCAAUUAAAUACAAUACAUAUUCCAAAAGCAA